AUCUCUAUAACAAGUAAAUAAAGUAAUCACUUUUGACAGGUUGAUCUAAAUCCAGUUGUUUUUGUGAUUUUAGUUACCCCCGUCAGAAGACAUUAACUCAGGAAACAAUAAUGAGGCUGUACAAAGACUCACGUUUGCAAACAGAUCCAAACACCCAAUCAAAGAGAUGAAAUGUUACAGCAAAGCUUUACAUGAGCUGUUCAAAGCAGUUAAAUACCAUCCUGACCACUUCAGCAGUGACCGUAUUUCACUUGGAAGCAAUGAAGACCUCAGCGAGGACUCCAUAGCUGGACAAAUCCAGGACUCUCAGGGGCUGCUUACAGAAACAGAUGUGACCUUGCCCUCCUGUCUGGAUGGUAGCCCUGGGUCCCAGGAAACUGUGAGAAACAACAUGUUUCUGGGAGCUUACCAGCUCCCCGACUCAAGUCGCUCCUCUACCUUCGUGCUAGCAGAGGUUUAUCAGGAGAUGAUGACCAUCUAUGAACAGCUGAGGACUGAGAGACAAGGCCAGCAGCAUUGGGAGAGGGAGCUACAGGAGCGAGAGAGGAGGCUGAAGGAACAGGAGGAUGCUUUCAGGAAGAUGGCCAGUCUGGAGGAGAUGUUACACUCUCGCAUACUUGCUGUAAAGGAGAAACACCAGCAAGAGGUGAGCCAGCUGCAGGAACAACUGCGAGAGAGGAGCAAGGAGAACAAGAGGCUGAAGUCCAGCUUUGACGCCAUCAAGGACUUAAAUGACAACAUGAAGAAACAGUUGCAAGAGAUCAGUGAACAAAAUCAGAAGUUGGAGAGUCAGUCUAAGAGGGUGCAGGCUCGACUUGACAACCUUCAGAGGAAAUAUGAGCACAGCAUAGCACCAAGAGGAUGUCAGAAAGCAAAUGUGAAGAGCACAGAGUACAUGAAACCAUCCAGAAAGGAGAAAACUGCUGCCUCUGGAAAACCCAGCUACAAGGGCAGCUACGGUCACACAUCAACAAAGCUGCUUGCCCUUCUCCUGGACUGGGUACUUGACGGACAGACAUUCUCGUCAGCAGUGGGAAACAAAGGGAAAGGUGUCGACCGGUGUCUGCCUCCAGAGGUUGUGCUCAACGAGAGAUGCCUUAAGGGGCUGCCUUUAUUAGCAGAUCAGCUUCAUCACACUCCUCCAUUAGAAGCUGAACUCCUCCUCAACCUCCUGCGUCUCAUCCACUGGGCUUUGAGGCACAUGGACAGCAGUCCACUGCAUGUAGCACUGUCUGCCACUCUGCGGCGGAUAGGAGAGCAAGUGUCAAAGCCGCCAGGUCAGCUCACUGUGUCGGACUCUGACGAUCCAGACCUGCCCAAGUCCUGCAGUGGGACUGCAGCUGGACCGGACAGGGGUUGGCCCCUUUACCGCAGCCCCUGUCCCCACACACGCAUCCUCUCAGCCCUCAUCAUCCUCCGCACUGUAACACAAGCUGAUGUUCUGGCCCUGGCUCUGGACUCUCUCCACACAGAGCUGAUGUCUGAGGACAGUCGAGGCCUUUUCAUCCACUAUGAAGGAGUGUGUGUGCUGAUGUCCAUGCUUCGGGCUGGUCGUGGAGGUCUACACACACCUGUUGAUAUCCUGAUGGAGCUAACUCAACAGUCCUGCUACUUAAACCUCUUCCUGGAAGCAUGUAGCUGUGAGGAGUUUUUCCACACGACCUCCAAGAUUCUUAGGAACCCCCGUUUGGAGCUCCCGUCGCUGGAGAAGCUCUCCAUCCUUCUGCAAAAGCUAUCCAGCAUCAGGAAGAACCGUCGUCUGUUUGAACUUUCCUCCCUCCACCUUCAGAUACAAGAACUUUAUCACAACACCAACCACACUCACACCUUCCUCCGCCUGAACCUCAGGUCCAUCAUCUACAACCUUCAAUAACCCCAAGGGCUCUAAAAUGAAACAGGCUUCCCCUGCUUUGUAUUUCACUAACUCAUGAUUUGCCUUCUCUUUCAGCUGUGUGCAAAAUAUCAUCCCCAUAAUUCUGAUAGUACAGUACUUCAACGCUCCGUCCUGCUCUACCUCAAAUAACAUAUGCAAACUCACAUUCUUAAUUAUAUCGUGACAUGUUUUUGUAGUCCAUUUGUCUUUGUGUUUUGACUUUGUGACCUUCUUUGUGAAGACAAUCUGAUGCCUUGUCGUCCGUUCUUUCAAUGAUCAAACCUUUUCUUUUUUAUGUGUCAUUCCUGCCAGUGUUCUUAAUGGGUGUCUCAUGUGCACUGAGGAAGCGAGGUGACAGUCAAACUUUUGAAUGACAAUAAACAAAACUAUUCCAAGGUU